AUGAAAAUCGGCGGUCUGUGGAAAAAAUUCCCCGUUCAUUACGUGUUUGGAGCAAACACCGAUGUCGGCAAGACAAUCUUCUCGACUGCUUUGCUGCGACACCUGGCCAAUGAAAACUCGCUCUACAUCAAACCCAUUUCGACGGGCGAUCUCAACGAGGCCGACGAUGGUCAUGUCAACAGAUAUGUGUCUCAGAUCAACUCACAUUGUUUGUCUCAACUGAGUACUCCCUGCAGUCCUCACCUGGCUCUUCAGCUGGAAUCAAAAGUGAGAGAUACUACCGAAGAGCCCCAUGUCAAUGACCAGGUUGUCCUGUCCAAACUCAACGAUACUUUGCAUUCUCACAUUUCCAAAGUCCGUACAGGCUACGGUCUCAUCGAGACUGCAGGAGGUGUUCUUUCUCCAACCCUCAACGGCUCUCUCCAGGCUGAUCUGUAUCGAAGUAUGCGUUUCCCUGCUAUUCUCGUUGGAGACGCUCGUCUGGGCGGUCUAUCUGCCACAAUUUCUUCUCUCGAAUCUCUCAAAUCGCGAGGUUUCGAUGUAGACGCCAUUGCCAUGUUCACCUCUCCCGACGACCCGUACAAGAACGCCGAAUACCUUCCACAGUACCUGAAGGGUGUUCUUGGAGAAACCAAGGUUAUUUCAAUUCCUUCUUCUCUGCCCCCUCCUCGUGGUCUGGACACUGAUAUUCGAGAUGAGCUUGAAAUGAUGGACAACUACUACUUUAGACUGACUGAUUCCGGUGCCUUUGGCGAAAUCCAGGAGAUUAUCGACACAAACCAUGCUGAGCGAGUCUCUACCCUUGAUUCUAUUCCCGAACGAGCUCUUAGUUCUGUCUGGUAUCCCUUCUCUCAACACAGAGAAAUCACCCGAGAUACAAUCACCACUAUCGAUUCUGCCUACGGAGACUUCUUUGCCACUGCUAAGCCCAACGAAGAAAGUAUGCUGAGACCCUCGUUCGAUGGAAGUGCCUCCUGGUGGACCCAGUCGCUCGGACACGGAGACCACCAGCUUGCCCAGACAGCAGCAUAUGCUGCCGGACGAUACGGCCACGUAAUCUUUGCUAACACUGCUCACGAACCCGCUGUCAAGCUUGCCGAAACCAUUCUCGACUACUCCCAGAACCCCCGUCUUUCCAAGUGCUUCUAUACCGAUAAUGGAUCUACUGGAACCGAGGUGGCUGUCAAGAUGGCUCUGAAUGCGUACAUUAAGCGAAAGAAGAGCGAGUCUAGUAAGCCCCGUGAGAUUGGAAUUCUUGGUCUCAAGGGCUCAUAUCAUGGAGACACUAUUGGUUGUCUUGACAUGUCCGAGCCCUCCAUCUACAAUGAAAAGGUGCCCUGGUACACUGGUCGAGGCCAUUGGCUGGAUUACCCUACUGUUGCUAUGCGAGAUGGCAAGUGGACUGUUUCUGUUCCUGAGUCUCUCAAGUCCGAGCUUGGAUGCUGUGAGCAGUCCUUUGAUUCUUUGACGGACGUGUUUGCUAUUCGAAACAACAAAAAGUACAGAGAGUACAUUGAGAAGGAGGUGAAGCGACUGUUGGAUUCUGGUCGAGAGUUUGGAGCUGUCAUGAUGGAGCCUGUGAUUCUUGGAGCUGGAGGAAUGAACCUCGUGGAUCCUGAAUUCCAGAGAGCUCUGGUUGACGUUGCUCGAAACUCAGAUAUCUUCAAAGAGACCCAUGUGGACAGUGAUACCACCUGGUCUGGUCUUCCUGUGAUCUACGACGAGGUUUUCACCGGCUUGUACCGACUCGGCACUUUCACUGCUGCUCAGCUUCUUCAGGUCUUCCCCGAUAUCUCUGUUCAUGCCAAGAUCCUCACUGGAGGUAUUUUGCCUAUGUCUGUCACACUGGCCUCCGAGUCCAUCUACGAUUCCUUCCUGAGCGACUCCAAGGCUGACGCUCUUUUGCAUGGUCACUCGUACACCGCUCAUCCCAUUGGCUGCUCUGUUGCCAUUAACACUCUAGGACGUCUUAAGACCAUGGAGCAGGACUCGGAGGGUCCCUGGGCCCCCUUCAAGCAGGAUUGGAAGAGCUCCAAGGUCACCGAGACUUGGUCUUGUUGGUCCGAGGACCUGUUGAACCACGUGUCGGCUUCUGAAAAGAUCUCCGGUGCCUUCGCUAUCGGAUCUGUGCUGGCCAUAACCUUCAAGGACGAGUCUGGAGGAGGAUACGCUUCUACUGCCUCUGUGGAGUUGCAAAAGUACUUGGCCAAGGGACAAGGAGCCGACGACUGGAAUGUACAUGCCCGAGUUCUUGGAAAUGUGCUCUACCUCAUGGCUUCUCAGUCCUCCAAGCCUCAGGAGCUCGAAGCCAUUCAACAGAGAGUGAGAACUUACUUUCAGUAA